AUGAGUAGUAAGAUUUUAAAACAGUGUCAUUUUAAUGUGAUUCCCAAAUUAUACCCAGUUUUAAUAUCACAUUUAGAAGGUUGUCACAGUUUGGCGCAAAGGAAUAUAUACGCUAAAAUUUCAGUUUCUAAGAAAUUUAUACACAGCUCAGUCACCAUGAACAAGCUUCUCAAUAGCAAUUUGUGGGAUACUGAUCCAGAGUUGUUUGAAAUAAUAAAAAAGGAAAAGCAGAGACAGCAGCAUGGUUUGGAAAUGAUUGCUUCAGAAAAUUUCACAUCUGUCCCUGUGCUUCAAUGCCUUAGUUCUUGCCUCCAUAACAAAUAUUCAGAAGGAAUGCCACACCAGAGGUAUUAUGGAGGCAAUGAAUUUAUAGAUGAGAUAGAAAUAUUAGCACAAAAGCGUUCACUUGAAGCAUAUAGACUCCGCGAUGAAGAAUGGGGAGUAAAUGUACAGCCUUAUUCAGGCUCUCCUGCUAACUUUGCUGUAUACACGGGUAUUGUGGAGCCACAUGGAAGAAUUAUGGGUUUGGACUUACCUGAUGGUGGUCACCUUACACACGGCUUCUUCACAGCCACCAAGAAAAUUUCUGCUACAUCCAUUUUCUUUGAAAGUAUGCCUUACAAAGUGGAUCCUAAAAGUGGCUUAAUAGACUAUGACAAGCUGGCUGAAACCGCGAAGCUUUUCAAACCACGUCUGAUUAUCGCCGGCAUUAGUUGCUAUUCGCGGUGUUUGGACUAUGAACGUUUCCGUCAAAUUGCUGAUGAAAAUGGUGCUUACUUGAUGGCAGACAUGGCCCAUAUAUCAGGGCUUGUAGCUGCAGGAGUGAUACCCAGUCCCUUUACGUACUGUGACAUUGUUACGACAACAACACAUAAAACUCUGCGUGGCCCCAGGGCUGGUGUUAUAUUCUUCCGCAAGGGUGUACGUUCAGUUAACGCAAAAGGCGAAAAAGUCAUGUAUGACUUAGAGAACAAGAUCAACCAGGCAGUGUUCCCUGGCCUACAGGGUGGACCACACAACCACGCUAUUGCUGCAAUUGCCACUGCUAUGAAACAAGCAACAUCCCCUGAGUUUGUUGAAUAUCAAAAGCAAGUAAUAAAGAAUGCUAAGCGCUUGUGUGAAGGCCUAAUGUCGCGUGGUUACGAAAUUGCAACUGGUGGCACUGAUGUGCAUUUAGCCUUGGUUGAUAUGAGGAAUGUAGGGUUAACUGGAGCACGUGCUGAACGUAUUCUAGAACUGUGUAGCAUUGCUUGUAACAAAAACACAGUGCCUGGAGACAAGAGUGCACUUAAUCCCAGUGGUAUCCGACUAGGUACACCCGCGUUAACUACACGCGGUAUGAAAGAAGCGGAUAUAGACAAGGUUGUUGACUAUAUUGACAAGGCUCUCAAAUUAGCUCAAGAAAUAACCAAGAUUUCGGGACCAAAACUAGCUGAUUUUAACAAAGUAAUCAAUGAGAACCCCGAUAUUAGUAAGAAGGUUGCCAGUCUUAAGGCUGAAGUAGAAAAUUACAGUGCAUCAUUCCCAUUGCCAGGUUAUGAAACAUAUUAA